AUCGACGGCGCGACGAAGGACUUCACCCGAUCACAGAUGCGGUUGGCGGCUAGCGUUGGCUAGCGCGUCUGCUAUCCAAGCGGUCGUGCUAUGCAGGCUGAGCAUAUCUGCUUUUAGGGAGGAACCCAUCAGAACAUCACCAUCAUCAUCAUCGUCGUCAUCACAGUCAGGAAACAAGUGGAAAAAUGUGCAGCCAGGAAUUCAUCACACUCGUGUUUCUUCUUGGAGCCCUGGAUUUAAAUCUGGGUGCUGUCCAGAGACCUGACUAUGACGACACGCCCACCCCAGAGUUCCUCAAUCCAUCUUGGAUGUCCGCCAUUCCUGACGACCGUCCCCUCUCCGAGGUCACCAUGCCGGGGACCCACAACACCAUGGCCCUGUACGGCGGCGUCUAUGCAGAGUGUCAGACGUGGAGCCUGGACUCCCAGCUUCAAGCUGGCAUCCGUUUUCUGGACGUACGUGUCCGCCAUGUGGAUGGUAAACUCAUCAUCCACCACGGGGUGGUAUACCAGCAGGCCCACUUUGGCGACGUGCUGCAGGGCGUAGCCGACUUCCUGAGCAACUACCCGAGUGAGACUGUGCUGAUGCGCAUCAAGGAGGAGCAGAGCGAGACCAGAGACUUCUAUGGGGCGGUGGUGGAGUAUGUUAAUCGCUAUGCUCACUGGGAUCUGCUGUGGCACAGCCGCCUGGUUCCCACCAUGGGUCAAGCUCGAGGGAAGCUCAUCGUCCUGCAGGACUUUCAGGGGCCUGACUUGGGGAUGCGCUACAACAGUCUCCAUAUAGCUGAUUCCUGGAAGGUUACCACGCUCGGCCAAGUGACAGAGAAGUGGCAGAGCGUUUAUGAUCAUCUGGAGGCCGCACCUGUUGGCGACAUGGCCCAGAUGUUUCUCACCUACAGCAGCGGCGCUGGUGUGUUUGCAUUCCCGAGGGCUGUGGCCCAACGCAUCAAUCCUUAUCUCUACGACUACCUGAGGGAGAAGACCAACCUCCCGAACCAACGUUUUGGAAUCAUAUGCAUGGACUUCCCGGCUGCUCCCAUUAUUGAAAGCAUCAUCAACUUCCAGCUGAAGAAUGAGGGAGAAAAAAAUUCAUAGUUUGACCUUUAACACUGUCUUUCACUCAAAAUAUAAAAAGCAUAAAUAUUCAAAAGUUUAUCUGUGUUUUGUGCCAAUAAAUCAAUACACAAGUCUGGUGUACUGUC